UGGCUGUCUCCCGUUCCAUUUAGCAUUUACCGUUUUAGUUUUAGUGUGGUUAUGGUCUGGGUGGUGGGAGGCGGCUUAUUCGCUCGGUUUUCCAUGUUAUAUGAAGUAUUGUAAAUUGUGUAAAUUUUUAUUCAGAUGUAAUGUGCUAUCUAUUUCCUAUUCGGCUGUUGAACUCCCAACUAUAAGAGAAAAUGCCAAUAAAACAAUGUUCCGCAGCACGGAGCGGAGAUGUGUGCGCUAUCUGCUAUUUUGUCUGCUGAGCAUAUGUUUUCUGCUAGCGCUAUAUUCGCCCAUCUAUCAGCAGGCAGAACAACACGAGAGCAUGGUGCACGGAUGGGAAGUGAAUGUGAGCAGGGAUUCACGACUCUACGUGCAGCCAGACAACUCGACUGCCAUCAUCGCUGCCAGCCAAAUAUGCCACACUCCAAACAUGCCUCUCUUCCUGCUAGUCAUCAUCUGCUCCGCUGUUCCUCAUUUGGAGAGGCGCAAUGCCAUCCGCGAAACGUGGGCCUCUAAUCUGGGUCCCGAAGUUAAGGUGGCAUUCCUACUUGGUCAUACCGAAAACGCUACUCUUCAGGCAAAAAUCGAAGAAGAGAGUUCGCUAACAAAAGAUGUGAUACAAGAAAACUUCAUAGAUUCAUACAACAACCUAACUGUGAAAAGUGUGAUGAUGUUGAAAUGGGUGCAGAGCUAUUGCGAUUCUAUCAGUUUUGUUAUGAAGACAGAUGACGAUAUGUUUGUAAAUCUUCCUGCUUUAGUUGCUCUCCUAAAGUCAACCACAAGAACCACCAAUCUUCUUCUUGGAUCUCUUAUUUGUCGGGCAAAACCAAUUUUGGACACUAGUAGUAAAUGGUAUACCCCACAUUACAUGUAUCAUGGUCAGACGUAUCCAAAUUACUUAUCAGGAACUGGCUAUGUAAUGUCCUACGAUGUUGUCACAAGACUGUAUCAGACUGCAUUGGAAACACCUUUAAUUCACAUAGAAGACGUUUAUAUAACAGGAAUUUGUGCGAAACGGGCAGGAAUAAGACCGAGAAACCAUCCAGGGUUCACAUAUCAGCGGAGAAAGCUUUCGGAGUCAUGCAACCCACACCAUCUGACCAACCAUCGACUCACCACCGAAGAUCUUCACACAGCGUGGAGUUUCCUCUCCAAUUGCUCCAUCUCAGUCGAUCAGAUCACCAUCGACUCUGUGCCAAUGCACCGCUCCACCAAUGUCAACCACCAUGUCAAUCACUGCAACUGGUCGCCUGUCACUCUCUAGCUAACAACAUUGUUGAUGUUUCUUAAUAUUUAGUCUCGCAACUAGAAUGUGAUUAUUUAUUUACUAUAUUGUAAUGCUUAUUGACUGAUGAGUUUCCGUUAUAAGCUCAACAAUUUAAUAUUUUAAAUAGAUUUUACCUUACUACGCCAUAAUAAAAUACUCUUAAAAGGUAAUCUUAUCUCUCUUGAGAAAUUUUUAGGAUCUCAAUUUUUAAUUUUUAGUACACUUUUAAAUUGUCAAAAUUAUAGUCGGUAUAAUUUUAAUAUUCUUUCUGAUUCAUGAAGAUCUUUUUACAAGGUAUAAAAAUAAUAUUGAUAUUUUUAUUCAAAUCAGACUCGUAUUAGCAAUCAUAUUGAUUGUUUGACAUCUCGAAACUGAGGGCAAAUUUUAUUAAUUUGUAAGCUCAUUUAGUGCAUUACAUAAUAUAUUUUGCAAUAUAUCAUUCGUUUUUUCGAUAUUAUUAAUCCUUUUAUAUUUUCUUACACUUUAAUGUAUAGAAAUUAUCAACAAUCAACCGUUCCAAUCCUUUCUCUUAUAACUAGAUUCAUUUUAUUGUGAUCAAAACAUCGCUUCCUGGUUUCCCCUUUAGUGCUUUCGACUUUAUCGAACUUGAUAUCUUAUUUGUCAUUACAUAAUCGAUCCACUACAAGAUUAAACACAAUUUUAAACUUUUAUUAGCAAAAAUCAAAUGAUGUAAUAUAUUCUUACAUUUGUCUUCAACAAAAAUGAUUAAUCUAACUUCUAAUAUAGUACAGAUAAUCUCACGAAAGGUAUAACAGACGAAGACCAUAUAUAUUCUACAUGAAAUUUGCAACAAAAAAUAUUCAGUAAUUUUUUCUAUAUCGACCUUCGUUUUCGAGAUAUAAAGAUUUUUAUAUAUUUUUGUAAACCUAAAAAACUGUCAGUCAAGAUAUAAAUAUAAUUAUUUUUAAAUAGGCUAAAAUUUCUUAUAAUUUGUUUCUUAUUUGAUGUUUUGAACUUUUUAUGAUCACUCAAAGUUGAAAAUACAUUCAUCGAGUUGAAAGCCAAAUUUCAAACCGUUUGAAUGCUCAUAAAAUGGUCAAAAACGUCAUAGGAACAAAUUACAUGAAUCUUAUGAAUGGAAAUUCUUCCUCUUUACAAAUUCUUAUAACUAUAUUUUGACUGAUGGUUUUCUAGUUGACAUUUUGAAAAAAUAUUGAAAAAUCGAUAUAUCUCGAAAACUAAGGUCGAUAUAAGAAACUUUUACUGGUAAUUUCUUGUUGCAAAUUCCAUGUAGAAUCUAUGGUCUUUCGUGAGACACUCUGUAUUUUUAGUGUUACUUAAUUAAUUCACUUGACUAAUUUGAAUCUAUUCUUUUUAUGAGCUCUUGAUCAUUCGAUCAAGCUAUAAUGAAAAUCUUAAUCUUGAAAUACAGUUUGUAGAAGUUGAUUUCAACUAUUUUGAACACGCUAUUUCAGUUUAAGCAAAACCCAUAAAACGGGAGUAUCAAACUUCUACAUUUAUUUUUUUUUCGAAUUAUUCACGUAGACAAUAUUAAUCUAUUUUAUUUGAAGAACUCUCUGGUUUAUGAUAAUUUUCAAGCUCUAAUACUGAAAUAUAUUCAUUUUCAAUAAAAAAAAAACGUUAUUUCCACUUAUUUUUCCUAGUAUUUUUUCAGGAAAUAUUGAAUCUGCACGUCCAUUAUCAUAAUAUUUAUUAUUCUUGUUCUAGUUUUUCUCAAUAAGUUAUUGUCAUUUUUAUAUGAGUUUUUCAUCAAAUUAAUUCACGAAUAACAAUAAUAAUUCAACGGCAAAUCGAUGGACAUUAACUAAAUCGUUGAAUUGAUUCAAUUGAAUAUGUUAUUAUUUAUUCAUUGAUAAGCAAUCAUACUUGCAUAAUUUCAAAUAAAUUAAUGUAAAUUAAUAUUUAUUUGUUCGUCAUGCUCUUCAAUUUUCAUUAUAAUAUUGUAACUAAUUCAUUUUUUACACAGGGAAUGUACAAUCAUAUUAGCUACGCCAAACGAUCAACAUUUCAUUCUAAUUGUUGUAUCUUUUUAAUUCAUUUACUAUAUUUUUUAAAGGUUAUUCCAUGCUAUUAGAUCGUUAUACUAAAUAAGAAUACUUGUUUGCUCAUAAUCCUUUAAAUCUUUAAUCUCCUCUCUUCUUUAUUCAUUCUCCUUUUAAUGUAUUUUGUACUCUUUAGUUAUUUAUUUAUUGAAUAAAAUUAUGUACUAUAUACUUACUCAUUACAUGAUAAAAAAAUCAUUAUUAUUGAUGAUUACUUAUUGAAUGUUUAGUUUCAUUUUCACCAAGCAAGAAUACUCGAAAACUCACGUUUGAAUCUGUGAUCCUCACAAAUACCAUCUUUUUCUCUCAUUGAAGUACACACUCAUUAUUAUAUCAAACAAGAAUUCUCAUUAUUGGAUCUUGAACUAAUAUCUACUUAUUGAAUCAUUAAAUGUGUUUAUUUUGUUGCUUUCAUUCUCAUUCAAAAUUCCACUCUUUCUAAAAUAUUUUUUUGGAAUUUGUGAAUUGAGACGUGUUAAUUUAGAUGUUUUAAACUUAAUGUUGAUAGUUGAGUAUAUAGUUGUGUUGUGGUAUUUCAUGAUAGUUGACCAUUGAUUUUCUCCAGUGGUAAUCUGUGAUGAGAAGUUCUACAUUAAUUUGAAUUAUCUUUUGAAUGGCCAUAAUUCUAGAACUGAAUAUAUUUUUUUCGAAUGCCUGUUUCCUUCAAAUUUGAACUUCUACCUAAUGAAUACAUAUUCUCCUACUGUUAUUCUAAUCCUACCAUAUACAAUUAAUAUGUAAUAUGUAAUUAUUCUAUCUAACAAUUUGACAUUCUAGUUUGAGUUCUCAAACUUUAUAAGCAAUCCAAAAUGAGCAAUGGUAGUAGGUAAUACAGCCUUUGCUCAAACUGCAAAAAUAUAAAUAUAUAAAUAAUAAAUAGCAAUAUAUAAAUUAAUUUUACUUCUUACUCAAUAUUUUCAUUGUCACUAUUUGUCUUACAUAAUUUCCUUCUACUGAAACUUAACAUGAUCAAAACAACUCAAAUUGAAUCUUUCCUCCCUCUCAUUAAUUCUAUGCUUGAAUGUAUUCUAAGCAUAGAGCAUUCGAGCUAUUUUCACUCUAUAAACCAUCUAUAUUCACUCGAAAUUCAAUUUCUUUGAAUUUUAUUAUAGCUUCAUUUUGUUGAUGGUCAGUGAUUUUCAAUGGAAUUGUCUGUUUCCAGUAUUGCAACAAGUGAGAUUAUCUUAUUGAUGUACAUGAGUUUUAAAUUUAUGUAUUAUGUAAUAAUUUUGAAAAAAAAAUAGAAUGUCAAGUGAAUGUUUUUGAAACAAUGGUUUUUUACCUUAUUAACUUCUUUUCUCAACGUUGUGUUUGAUUAUUGAAUGAAGUUAUUGAAUUGAAUCGGUGUGGCUUAUGAAUGUGGAUAUGAAUUAAUUUUAGUUAGGCUUCAACAAUAGUUCCUUGUAGUUAUAGUUAUAUAUUUUAUUUUAUUGUGAUUUUAAUAGAGUAUAAAUAUGUGUAGAGUUUUCUUUGUGAUUGUUUCUUAAAAAAAUAGAUUGCCAAUAACAAGCCUGCAUGUAGAAAAUAGAUUUAGAUAAUGGUUCAGUGUAAAAGAUCACUAUGUUGUGUAAACCUGUUUUUCUAUGAAUUUACACUAUUUUAUUAGAACAUAUUCAAAUAGUAAGCUGUUGAUAUAAAAUAUCUAAUGUGCACAUAAUAUUAAAUUCUUUCAAGAGAUUUAAAUGAAAAAAAUCUCAGGAAUCCAUUAUCUUUAAUCUUGAAUAGUUCUAGCUUGUUAAUUGGAAAAUCACCCACAAAUUACUGUAUGUAUGUUUAUAUUAUAAAUAAUAUAUUAUAUUAUAUUGACAGACAUUACAAUUGGUUCUUUUUAGUAACAUUUCUCCUAAUAAAUAAAAAUCAACACUAUUUGACAUUUUAAUGGUCUUUAAAAUGCAUUAAUCUGUUUUCAAUAGAUUGUUCCUAAUGAUUUAUUCAUUCUAUAAAUUAUAUCAUGUACUCUCUUCCAAAUUUUAUUACGGUAUAAUCAUUAGCUAUAAAAAUUGAUUGACAAUGCUAUGAAUAGCCUUGAAAUAGAUUGGUACUUAGUUCAGUUCUCACAGAACAUAAUGAUUUCGUUAAAUCUUCUCGGAUGUGUUCAAAUCUUAUGAUCAAUUUUUGUCUCGAUUGUGCAUAUUUAUAUAUUUUAUUGAUAAAUAAGUGGAUUACUUCCAACACCUACAUAAUGUCAUUGACCUUUAAUCAAUGAAAUUAUUAUAAUCGUUUCUUCCCAAAUUGAUAUGUGGCCAUUGUUGUGUGGCCUUCAUCUUUCAAAAUGGAUUGUUUUAGUUCAGUUUAGUUAGUUCAAAUAACUUGAGCUCAAUCCAUGUUUCAAAAUGGAUUGUUUUAGUUCAGUUUAGUUAGUUCAAAUACCUUGAGCUCAAUCCAUGUUUCAGUGUCAUAUCGAUUCAAACCUUCCCUGCGAAUGACUUGAAAUCUCAUCUCAGAGUUCCAGACAUGAGAUUACAUACAAUUUGAUACUCGAAUCAUUACUACAAAGAUAUUAACAACAACAAACUGAUUUUAAUACGGUUAGAGUACAAUCUAUCCCUACACACAGAUGGAUAGUCUAGUAGGGGGAUUCCAAAAUAUGUUGUAUAUUGUAUUUCAUAUUCGUGUAUUAUGUUUUUUGGAAAUAAACUGAAAUUGAAUUGAAUUGAGUAAGAAGUUCCCACUAAUAGUAUAGAACAGAUUACAAAAUUUCUAUAUUACUGGCAAAUGCUUCAAUAUUUUUUUUAAUUUAGGUUAUUUGUUUUUUCAUAUUCAAAGAUGACCAAUAUUAUUUAUACGGAAAAACUGAAUUCAAGGCUAAUGUUCAACUAAGAACUUACUAUUGAUUUUUCCCAAAAAUUCAAGAAGUAGCCUACUGACCCUACCUAACACGACAUUGAGGUAUUAUUGCUAUUGUUAUUCAAAAUUUUAUUUAUCAAAUCAGAGUAGUAUUCUUUAUAAAAAUCUAAGCUAUUAUUUAGGUUUUUAAAUGUCCAUAGCACUCUGUACUUGAUAAUUGUAUAUGAUUUGUCACGAAAUUGAACUUUUAUGCCAAUUGCCAGUUGGAACAGAUUGAGUGAAGAUAAAAUGGUUGAAAUGUUGACUUAUUAGUAAUUUUUGUAUUCAUUGUUUGAGAUCUAGACUUGCUAUACUUGAAAUACUUUGUAGUCCAAUACACAAACUUUAACCGUAUUUUUAGAAUAACUACUAGAAAAUUGCGUAGUGAUAAUUUAGUUGUGCUUUAAAAUAUAAAAGUGAAAAGUUAUAUUUGAAAUAUAACUACCCAUUCGAAUCUAAAGAUUAUAUUUUUGUAAGCUGAUUGAUGAUGAAGAGGUUUGGAAAUUCAAUAUAUAUAUAUAUAUAUAUAUAUAAUAUAUAUAUAUAUAUAUAUAUAUGCAGUUUGCUCAGUUGCAUUUGUGAACUGCAUGUUGAAUGUUUGGCUUGUCAAAACAUAGAGCUGCUAGUUUAUAUUUAUAUAUAUUUUAGACUAUUGAUCAAAUGAAAUUUAGGUAGUGAUAUAACAGAAUUUCAAUAGCAGGUACCGUUUGUAUACAGCUAGAAUAUCACUUUUCUGAUAAGAAAGGCAGUGCUCAUAUAACUUGUAGAAUUUUAGCUGAUAAAACGCCUGAUUCAUAGCUCUGACUAGAAACUACUCCGUAAUAGAAGAAGUUCUUAUUUUCAAUGCGAAUAUUUAUCGUAUUCCAAAUAACAUUUUUAUUUUUACUGUGAAAUCAACUUAAUCAGUCUCAAGUUCUACCUAACAAAUUUUACAUGUGAUGGUUUAUUGAAAAUGAUAUGCCGCUUAGACGAUCAGCUCAUCAAUAUUUCCCAUGAUUAUAAUUCUCGUUUACUUUCUUGAUUAACUAAGAGGUGUGUAGCUAUUGCCUUCAUAGGUAUGGAGAAAAAUAUCUAAAUUUAGACAAAAUAACUGUGGAAAUUUUGAUAAUGAUCGCAUCACGUUUGAGCAAAGAGCACUAGCACUCCAAUCUUUAUUCAAAUUUAUUACUAAUCUCAUUUAAUGCUUACAUAUAUUUAUAUAUCCGAAUCACAAUAGAAGAAAACGAAGAUCUUAGCAUUUGUAAUAACAUAAAAAUAUGAAAAGAUUCAACCUUUUUCCAAAACUCUAUGAUUACUUCUAAUCCUGUAGGCAGAGACGUGAAUUGUGCACCAAAGGCUUCCAAAAAACUUCAUUUUUAAAUUUGCAAAUGUACCGGUAUAUAAACGUCUCCAAUCUAAUAUCUGAUCGAAUUUGAAAGUUACCGGAUAAGUGGUUUAUCAAACAUUUUAAUUAUGAAUCAUGUAAAUGGCGUAUAGUCUCAUCCUCCAAUAACAUGUAAAAAAUUGUAAAUUCAUAUAGCAAGUGGUAACUUUUCCAAAGUAGUUGUAAAUUUUCAAUAGACCUAGAUUAAUUUGAGAUGGAUUGAUUAGUAACAUCAAAAUUGUACUAGAGAAAGCCAUAUAAUUUUUUACAAAAUUUAGAAGAAUUACAAUUUCCAAUUGUUCAAUUCAAUUUGAAUUGACUCUGUAUUGAGUAAUAGUCUGCUAUUCUAUGUGAAUUUAUGAAUAAACAAGAUCUGUCGUAGUUUAGAGCAAUUUUGAGCUAAUUAAUAAAUCUUAUAGCGCCUAAUCUACUUAUAGAGUGGAGGAAUACUGAAUUAUAUUUUCCGUGUGUCUUGUCAGACCGGGUAGAUUUGGAAGUUUCUCCUGUGUGGUUCCUUCUAACGCCUAAAAAUUAUGUUGUGUGUUAGCUAACAUCUAUGAAUAGACUGAUGUAUUUACGCCUACAUUAUGCCUUCUUUCAGUAACUCAUAAUGUAUAAGGAGACAACUUGACAGCUUUUAGUAAUCUUCACCUCAUUUUGUGAUGUAAUAAUAUAUUUUUCAUAUCCCUCCUUUGUUUGCAGUAAAGACAGCCAACUUGAUUUGGUUUGAAGUAAGUUAUAGGAUAUGCCCACUAUUUAUAUUGCCAUUAAUGGCUGCCAAUUAAUUUGAAUAAGUCUUUUCUUUCUUUAACUUGAUUAAUGGAAAUUUGUAAUUAUUACUGUGAUAGUGGCAUCUAGCAUGAUUAAAUUGGUAGUUAAUCUGUUAUUUAUCUAAUUUUUUCACUAGUCAAAUUGUGUUACCAUAGCUUGUCAAUCACUCGAGUAGACUAAAACAUCACUUUCAUUGUCAAAAGUAUAACUUAUUAAUUAAAGCUCCUGAUUUUUUUCUCAUCCAACCGUAAGAGAUCGAACAAGAGGGAGAAGUCCUCUGCUUCUUAUAUUGAUUUUUUUCUUCAAGAAACUUUUGAAUGUAAUCUUUGAUAUUUUCUCCAAAGGGAGAGCUCUCUCUACUCAAGUUUUACAACUCAUAAUUAAAUUAAAUUAAGCUAUAUUUGUUCCCUUUCUCACUAUAAAUACAAUGGAUAGAAAAUGUAUCUUUAGUCUAAUUCAAUUCCACUUUUGUCUUUCCAUUCAAGAAUUAAUAUUGAAAAGUUUUCAAAUUUCUCAUAUUUUUUUUUAAUUACAAUUAUGUAUUAUUUGAAUUGAGUUAUUAUCCAUAGUUUCCUAGUGGGUUCACUUUUAUUUUAUGUUCGAGUGUUGUUUCAUUAUUAUGGAAAUCAAGCUGAAUAGCGCGUCUUAUGUUUGUAAUCAAACAUGGUUUUCUUUGUUUAAAAGAGACUGUGUUAAUUGGCAGCCACUAAUGAAAUGUGAUUUAGCUUUAGUGAGUAUCAACAUCAAGGGCCUUACCUUUUCAUAUAUUAGUAUUACUGUAAUUUGCCAUUAAUGAUAUUGUCAUAGGGUAUUAAGCAGUUGAUAGUUUAAUAAUCAACUAUUGUUAUUAAAAAUGUUCAAUGCUUUUUCACUACGGUAUUAGCAAAUAAUUUUCCAAGUUUUCUAGAAUAAUGGAUAGUAGGAUAAUUUUAUUUAUUCUGUGUUGUUUCUAUCAAGUAGAAUAAUAUAAUAUAUGUUUCAACUAAAUUUAGUUUGACUAACAGGUUUAUUGUUGCAAGAAACUGUAUCUUUAUCUAAUGAUAAUUUACACAUUUCUAGAUAUUUUGGACACUAAUUACAAAAUAGGUUUACAUGUUUUCGUCUGUUAUGCAAUAUUUUUACAAAUCAAUAAAUUAGAUUUUUAUGAAA